GCUGGGGCGAGCACCGGAGCGGGCGGACAUGGAGCGGUCCGGUCUGUCCGUGCUGCUGCUCCUGCUGCUCGGCAUCACCGCGGCCGCUGCGCCGGCCGGAGCCGGCCCCGAGAGGCGAGCGGCGGGCAAGGAGCGGCGGGCGCAGUUCGCGUCCUGGGACGAGGUGAACGUGAUCGCCCACGGGCUGCUGCAGCUCGGGCACGGCCUCAAGGAGCACGUGGACCGCACCAAGGGGCAGAUGCGGGAGCUCGGCAGCCGCCUGAGCGCCCAUAACAGCUCCUUAGGGCGGCUGCUGCGGCAGGCGAGGGAUGCGCAGGAGCAGGGCGAGCGCCUGCGGGACAGCGUGCGGGAGCUGGAGGGCCGCGGCCGGCAGCUCCUCAACCUCUCCGAGGCUUUGCGGCAGCGCCUGGAGGAGGUGGCGGCCGAUAAAGCCGAGAUCCAGGGGCGGCUGGAGCAGAUCGAGGGGCGCCUUCGGCUGGCGCUGCAGGCGAGGCCGGCCGGGAACCAGAGCGCCAGGGACCUGGGAGCACUGCAGUCCCUGAUGGACGCUCAGAACUUGCGGAUCGAGGAGCUCCUGCAGAAGAUCAAGCAGCAGCAGUACAAACUGGACAAGCAGAAUCUGCAGAUUAAGAGUCUGCAGAGCAAGGUCAAUCUCCUGAUUCCCUUCCACCUGAAGGACAACAAAACACAGGCUCCAAAGUGGAAGAUAAACCUGAAGAGCUUCGGCCUCAUGAACCAGAGCCACAACACCAGCAGGGAGCCCGUGCUGCUGCACAAGCUCCCGCAGGAUUGCCACCAGCUCUUCCUGGCUGGGCAGCAGAGCAGUGGUGUGUUCCAAGUACAGCCCGCAGGGUCCCAGCCCUUCAAGGUCUACUGUGACAUGACCACAGAAGGUGGCUGGACUGUGAUCCAGAGGCGCACAGAUGGCUCGGUGGACUUUGACCAGCUUUGGGAUGCCUACAAGAAUGGCUUUGGAGACCUUCGUGGUGACUUCUGGCUGGGCCUGGAGAAGAUGCAUCGCCUCAUCCAGGAGGGAAGAUUCAAUCUCCUGAUAGAACUGGAAGACUGGGAGGGGAAUUCCCAGGUGAUUCAGUUUGUGUUCAGCCUCGGUGGCGAGAGCACAGCCUACACACUCAGCCUGCUGGGACCCCUCUCUGGAGAGCUGGAAAAUGCCAUUGGGGACUUCAGGCAGCUGCCGUUCUCCACUCGGGAUCGGGACCAUGACCUCAAAGCUGACACAAACUGUGCCAAGCACCUCUCAGGGGGCUGGUGGUUCAGCACAUGCGGCCAUGCCAACCUCAACGGGAAGUAUUUCCGCUCCAUCCCACGCCAGAGGCAUGAGCGCAAGCAGGGAAUCUUCUGGAAGACAUGGAAGGGCCGGUACUACCCACUGAAGUCAACCACCAUGAAAAUCCAACCCGCAGCACUGGAAGCAGAGCCCUGAAGCUGCCACUUGAGACUUCUGACCUUCUGUGCAGAGCAGACCUGAGCUCCAUCACUUGGUGUUUACAGCAAACAGCCCCAUCCUCCCCAGGCAAGGCCCCUGAGGAGGGUUUCUCUUGGUUAACAGCCCUUCAGUGGCACAACCCAGCUCCUGGCUAGAAGUGGAACAGCUCCAUGUCACUGGAUGGGAGCUCCCAGACCAGAAGAUGAGGCACCAGCAGGGAGGUCGAGCAUGCACAAGGGUCUUCCAACGUGCUGUGGUGCUCUGCCUGGUGCUGUCUGCCCUGUCAGAACACUUCCGUGCUGGGUUUCAUGGGCUGGGGGGAAAGGGGAGCACAUGAAGUGUGUCACUACCCUGGACCCAAGCACUGGGGCUGGAGCCUUGCUGUGUCCUGUCAUUGUUGCUCCCAAGUGAUGUCCUGUGUGCCCUCCUGUGAAAGCUCCCAGAGCCUCCAUCCCUCUCUGGUCCAUGGGGCAGGGAGCCUUGGGCAGCUCCAUUUGUGCAGCCCCUGCUCUGGUGACUUCAGCCCUCUGAGGAGAUGGGUUUUGGUGGGAGGGCUGUAGGACGUGCUGUGUAGAAUGGGACCGCAGGCUUUCCUGGUCCCCACAGCAUGGAAACCCUACAAUUCUGGCUGUGCUGGAAUUAGCUGGGAGCUGGGAAUCUGCUUCCAGCUCCAUGAGAGGGCGAGUGGGAUCCUACAACCACCUGCACAAGGGCCUGAUCCUGGGCAGCUGAGUCUUAAGCUCUGCCUGGAGCCUACCUUAUCACUGGAGGGAGUUAGGACAAGCACUAGGACAGCCCAGGUACGAAGCAGUGAUGGUCCCUGGGCAUAACCAGCCUUGCUGUGGGCUGUAACCCCACUGAAGACUGGGGAGCUGCCUCCCCUUACUCUGUAGUAUCCCACAUGCAUGCCCCAAAACUUGCUCUGAGAGGCCAGAGGACACCAGGGUUUCUCUGCAAGAGCUGCACCACCUUGUUGGGUAUGUACCCUGCUGUCACCUCUGCCUUUGGGGUGGGUGUCUGGGGAGACGUGGGCAACAAGAUGCCCUCUUGGGGCUUCCCAAGCAUCCUGCCCUAUUAAAGUCAUAUUGACUAUGAUGCUAGAGCUCCUAGCUGCUAAAUAUUGUAAAUAAGCAUUUGUAGGCUGUUGGAUCUUGUCAGUGGUUUUCCUGUUCUCUAAUUUGUUUCCAUAUUUAAAUGCAGUGUUAAUAGUAAUGUGGUGUAAUUUAUGAAUGUUCAUGGUGGAACAACCCAACUGAGUAGUUUGUGUAUUUUAAACUUGUUUUUUUGGGUUUUUUUUGUACUGAAAUAGCUUUUCUGAAGGUGUCUUUUAAUAAAAACAAGCCUGUACCUGU